AUGUUAUCAGCAGAAGAAGACUGCCCCGAUGCCGAGUCUGUUUCAACGAGUGUGUCGCUAUCAACACUAUUGUCCCCGCUGAGCAACGUAUCCCUCAUACGCUUUGCGGAUGACUUGGAACAACCAUCUCAACAGACGCUUUUUCAGUUAUUCACGUCAACGACUCUCAGACAGACCUUCUACCCCAUCGAACACUGCGUCGACUUACCUCGCUCUCCAAACUCAGAUGCCCUAUCAUUCUCCUGGCUCCUGCAGGACAAGAUCUUUCUUCACACCAUCUUGUUCUCUUCCACUGCCAUCCAGGACCGUCUACUGGACCGCCCUUCGAGCAGACUCACCCACUUUCAUCUCCGCCGCACCAUCUCCCUGCUCAAUCAGUCGCUUUCUCAAAGUAACUCCCAUGAAAAUGAGGCGUUGUUUCAUGUCAUCCUCAUUCUUGCCAUGAUAUCGGGCCUCUGGGGCGAUUACGAUUCUACCGCCAUCCACCUUUCUGGGUUGCAGCAAAUCGUUCGUCUUCGUGGAGGACUAGAUUAUUUGGGUCGCUAUCCGAAGUUGCAUUUCAAGCUGGAUCGCCUUGCUUUGACCUGGGCUCUUGGGUCUGGAGAAGUCCCGAAUUUCUUUGUCGGACCCGUAUCUUGGUCACCGUACUUCGGUGCGCCCUUGGUCGCCGAUGGCGACCCCCUUGACGCCAAAUUGCUCGGAUCAAUUGUCGAUUUGAGGCUCCAGGGCACAUUUAGCGACCUCAAACGCUUAGUCCACUUAGUCAACGAUCAUUUGGCAAACGGCUUGAGACUGGACGGACUGCUAUUCCAAGACUCCUUGGGCUCCAUCCAGACACGUCUUGUGAAGCUCCAAAACGGUCUUGAAGCUUCGGAUGAGUGUAUUCGCCUAGGAAUGCUGGCCUUCCUUUCGACCACAAUGCAAAUUCCUGGGGGAAAAUUCCCUUACGCGUAUCUGACGGACAAGUUUCGAAAUUCCUGCAAGACAUUCAUCAUGCGAACACCGGCGCGCGAAAGGCUCAUGUUUUGGCUGCUUGUCGUGGGCUCCAUUUCCGUCUUCGAACCAGAUGAGCCGUGGUUGGUGUCAAUCCUGGCAGGACUUGCGGCGCCACAGCUGUCCUGGGAGGAGGCGCGAUCGCGGUUGCAAGAUGUGAUGUGGAUUGACGGUUUGCACGAGAAAAUGGGCCUGUCCGCCUUCUCAGAGCUGAUGCAUAGAACUUGA